AUGCCUACUUAUACUAUGUCAUGCUUCAAGGUGCCAUCCAAAUUGUGCAAGGAAAUCAGUUCACUCAUGUCAAACUUUUGGUGGGGAGACAUCAAUGGAAAAAAUAAAAUUCAUUGGUGUUCCUGGAGAAAGAUCACUCAGGAGAAGGACAAGGGGGGUUUAGGAUUCAAGGAUUUGGAGGCCUUUAACACUGCAUUACUUGGUAAACAGGUUUGGCGUUUGAUUACUCAACCCAACCUGUUAGUUAGCCAAGUAAUGCGGUCUAAGUACUCCAGAACUUCAAUAUUCAGGUGUAAAGUCCCCAAUAAUGCCUCAUGGUUAUGGAGAAGUCUGAUGAGCGCGAGACACGUGGUGGAACAAGGCACUAGAAGACGGAUUGGUAAUGGAAAGAAUACACAUAUCUGGGAAGAUAGCUGGCUUCCGGACACAAUAAAUGGGAGAGUAACUACUUGCAGAGCUACGGAUGGUGGACUGCAGAAAGUAGCAGAUUUGAUUUGCCAAAGAAGAUGGAACCGCAAUUUGGUUUUCCAAACUUUUAACACCAAAGAUGUGGACAGAAUUUUGAGUAUCCCAAUCAGUCUAGCUGACAGGGAAGAUUCUCAUUUUUGGUUACAUGGUGUGGAUGGGAAUUACUCCGUCAAUUCAGGGUAUAAGGUGCUGAUGGCUGGCAAAGAAACCAAGCAGAAAACAAAUCAGAAUGACAGCACUACUAGUUGGGAGCAUCAGUCUAAGAAGAUUUGGAAGCAAUUGUGGAGCUUAAAGAUUAAGCAUAAACAGAAAAUAUUUCUUUCUCUGGAAAUGUCUAAACAAUGCUCUUCCGGUCAGAGAUAUCAUCUAUGGUAG